UUGAAUGCUAUUAUUUUGUCCUCCUGCAAGCAAUAAAUGAAGACUCGCCCCAGCGUGCUUCGAUUAGAGUAAAAAUAUUUAUACACGGAAACGGAUUUGCUUUCAUGUCGGCAUUUUCUUACAUGGAGUUAUACGAUACCUGACUAUCAUUCUCGCAAGGCAUCGGGAUCCAUCAUUAGAGAUUCGAGGCCGAAAACACGGCAGACGGGUAGCACUUGUAGAGAUAUUUAUAUAUGUAUUAAUAGCUGGCUAGCUAACUUGUGGAAAUAAGGAGGAAGGGUAGGGCACCCAAGAAUUCGUGAGCGCCUUCCCUUUGGCAAAAAGGGCUUAAUCUGCCCUCAGUCAACUUGCCGACAGGAUGGCGCACCUUCGUGACAUACAGAAUCAGAAUGCCCGUCUCGACCCAGAAGAGUAUUUUACAAAGCAGGAACGCAUCGGUAAAGGCUCGUUUGGAGAGGUCUACAAAGGCAUUAACAACCGCACCAAAGAGGUGGUGGCCAUCAAGAUAAUCGACCUCGAGGAGGCCGAGGAUGAGAUCGAGGACAUUCAGCAGGAGAUCACCGUCCUUAGCCAGUGUGACAGUCCUUAUGUCACCAAAUACUACGGUUCAUAUCUGAAGGGAACUAAACUGUGGAUCAUUAUGGAGUAUUUGGGAGGAGGCUCUGCUCUAGACCUUCUGCGCCCUGGACCCCUGGAGGAGACCUACAUUGCUACUAUAUUAAGGGAGAUUCUGAAGGGUCUGGAGUACUUGCACUCAGAAAGGAAGAUUCAUCGUGACAUUAAAGCUGCCAACGUGCUGCUGUCUGAGCAGGGUGACGUGAAGCUGGCUGACUUUGGCGUGGCUGGCCAGCUGACAGACACACAGAUCAAGAGGAACACAUUUGUGGGAACGCCGUUCUGGAUGGCCCCAGAGGUCAUCAAACAGUCUGCGUAUGACUUUAAGGCGGACAUCUGGUCCUUGGGGAUCACAGCUAUUGAGCUAGCCAAAGGGGAGCCCCCAAAUUCAGACUUGCACCCCAUGCGUGUGCUCUUCCUCAUCCCCAAGAACACCCCCCCAACUCUAGAGGGCUCCUACAGCAAACCUUUCAAAGAGUUUGUAGAGGCAUGCCUCAAUAAGGACCCGCGAUUUAGACCCACAGCUAAGGAGCUGCUGAAACACAAGUUCAUCACACGCUACACCAAGAAAACGUCCUACCUGACGGAGCUUAUUGACCGCUACCGCCGCUGGAAGUCAGAAGGCCAUGGAGAGGAGUCCAGCUCGGACGACUCUGACAUGGAUGGAGAGGGUGACGAGAGAGACCAGUGUCCCAUGUGGACCUUCCCCACCGUGCGGCCGAGCUCUAUGGCCAAGCUGCAGAAAGGUUACCCCAGUACAGACUCUGAGGCAGCGGAGGCAGUGAAGAGGCAGCCCAGGUCCCAGUGUUUGUCUGCACUGGUCUCGCCCAUCUUCAGAGAGUUGAAGGAGAAGAGACGAGUGAGUGGAGGCGGAAUGGGGGCGAUAGAGGAACUGGAGAAUGCCUUUAACUUGGCAGAGGAGUCUUGUCCUGGCAUCUCCGACCUGCUCGUCACACAUGUCAUGGCAAGAGUGUGCAGGUUUGCUUUAAAUGGCAACGGAAAUACCACGCCAUCAUCACGGUGAAGCCCACCCUGGCCUGGUUCCAGCCUUGAUCCCUCUGACCUAACCCACUCGGUUACCAUAACCUCAUUCGGACCACCUUAAACACCUCCAAUCCCAACAGAUCUUUUAGUUAUAAUUAAAUAUUUUUACAGUUAGUUUCUUUAUAGAAUGGAAAGUAUUUAAGAGACAAAAAAGCCAUGACAUUGAGAACGCUGUGUUUACCUGUUAGAUCAAAAAUCCCAUUAUAAAAAUUUAUGGAAAUAUUGAAUUGUGUGGGGUUUUUUUGUCAUAUUUGGAUCAGGAUGUAGACCUAUUUUUUUUCUUUUUUUAGACUUAUGAUUCAUAAUCCUGCGGGCAGGUUUUACCGUGACACACAGCAGAGUGGAAGAGUGGCAGCUUGAACAGAUAGGAGCUCUUCAGUUUCUUCACUAUCCCACCCCUGCUCUCUUCGAGUGCACAGCACACCUGCAUGAGUUGAGCUGCUCUCCUCAUAUAGCAAUGGUGGGUGCUGGCCUACAGACUUCUGCUUCCAUCCCAUUGGGGAGCAUCCUCUUCAGCACAAUUUGACCAGCUCCCCCCAGUCUUCCUAGUUUGUUGACUCCUAGCCCUAUUCCUAGAGAAUCUGCCAUGUUACAAGCAUAUAGUCAAAUAUGUCAAGACAACCCCUGCAUAGGUGAGUCACAGCUGUACACUGGGAUGCAUGUUCUGUCCCAUCCCUGGGCAUUGCUAGAGAACUGUGUAUGAGGUCAGCAAAGGAACCACAUCUGUGUCUAUUUGGAGGAGCUGUGGUGAAGAGGAAGAAGAUUCUGUCUGCAGUAGUGCGUGGCAGAGUCCCAUGAUUUUUUUUUUUUUUUAAAUAACUGACAGAUUUGUGUAAGUACAAUCUUAAUUUUGUUUGAAAUUGUAAAUGUAGUUAGAAAACUUUCAACAAAUUCAUUUUCCUAACAUUGUAAAUAAUGCAUUUUCCCUUCAAUGAGUCACUGUCUGCCCCCUUAUGACCUGCUGUGGGAAUUGCAGGGGGUGUAAGCAACAAUCAAGCAAAAUAUUGGAUAGAAAAACAGUAGUUGUAUGUUUUAGUGAUUGCUUUUUGGAAUACACAUUAAUUUUGUGUUCAAA